GAUUACUUCGAGAUCUCUCCAAAACAUUCUGGCACAUUCAACCGGAGUACAAGCAGUUCACAGCCGACUUUCGUGAAUGAAUUAUGGUGAACUACGGUCAGCCGUCACGGGACUGUCUUCCCUGCCGGAAGAGGAAACUCCGAUGUGACCUUCUGGUCGAGGGCUGUGGACAAUGCCGGAGAGCUCGGAUCAAAUGCCAUGGAUACCGCGAUCGCCAAAGUCUUCUCUUCCGCGAUGAGACCCGCUCUACCCAGCAAAAGGUGUUGGCACGUCAGGCCGCCGCCCAAGCCGUCACUCAAUCGUCCGCUCCCCAAGGAAUGGAAUUCGGUUGGGAUGUCCGCGCUCGAUAUCUCUUUGUUUCCACCUACGUUCUCGGAUUCUCCCACAGUCUCGGAUCAGUAGCUCCGCUCUGCAAUAAGGCGUCUGCAGCUAGCCAUCUAUCUGCAAGUCUUGAGGCGACUAGCUUAGCUUUUAUGGCGAAUCAGUUGCAUGCUCCUGACUUAAUGCAACUAGCUAAUGCCAGCUAUUAUAAGGCUAUACAGAAGCUCGGACAAGCUCUAGCGGGGCUGUCAGCCUCUGGAGUAGAAGAGGCCCUUCAAUCUGUUUUGCUUCUCGACCAGUAUGAAAAGAUAGUCCAUCGAAGCCCUCAAAGCUCAUCCUCAUGGAUGAGUCAUAUAUAUGGAGGAUUAUCCUUAAUCGCCCCAUAUACACAAGAACGACACCUAAGCCCUACUAGAUGCCAACUCGAGGCCCGCUUAAUUACAAGCUUAACUGUCAGUUCUGCAGCAAUAGCUGUCCGAGUACCAGCUGCAGUAGAAGACUUAUACUGCCACCUGAACUCUCAUCUAAGUGGUGUCAAGUGGGAAUUCUUGGGUAUUUUAUUCCAAGUUGUUAACCUGCAAGCUGAUAUUCACAGCGGUGGGGAUAACAACCUGGUCCAGAGAGCAACUCAGUUAGACAAACUUCUUCUCAACUUGGAGUUGAAAAUGCCGUCAUCCUGGAGGCCCCACCAGAUCUCUCCUGCCAAGCCUCAUCCACUUAUCUUUGGCACUCAUUACGAAAUUUUCGCGGACCACUUCAUUACCCAGGUCAACAAUGGUAUCCGCGUGGCACGCCUGAUAGUCAACAACAUUGUUAUAAAGCAUACUCCAUUCGACAGGUACGAGGCCAGCUCUUGCAGCAAAAUCCUGGCUACGGUUAUGGACCUUACGCAGCAGAUUUGCGCCACUGUACCCCAAUUCCUCCUCCCAGAGACAAAUUCAGGUCACACUAUACCUUUCUCAUCACGACAGAGCUUACAGUGCUAUGUUCUACUUGCUCCUCUCUACAUGGCCUAUCAGACUUCAAACGACAUCCUCAUGCGAGACUGGAUUAUUCAAUGUCUCACAUAUAUGGCGGAAACUGGGAGGAUGAAGGUGGCACAGGAUGUUGCUGACCUGAUAAAAAGUGACCAAAACUUGGACUACUGGCUCGUCUAUGCCAUGGUCGGUAGCUAUGCGCUGGCAGCAUGAAUAAAGUUCAGAGAAUACGUCUUUUAGGUAUAAUAAUAACACCCUUACGCUUCUAG